GCCAUUAAACCGGAAGAAGAAGAAGAAAGACGUCCCGCGUGAUGUGUUUGUAUAUCUUCAGCGGUUUUCCCUCUUGAGUGUUUUAUUGAGUGUAAACAGAAUCUUGUCUCUGUGUAUUUUAGUGUUAAGAUGUUGGUGAUGAAAGAUGAGAUGUGCUGUAAAUCAGUAGGAACUGAUCUGUCCAUGCUGGAUAUUGAUGAUUUCAUCACAGAAAUCUCUCAGCUGAAGAAAGAGGUGGCGUUACUGGAGACAAAGCUGAGGUCAAGAGGAGAUGAAGGAGUGAAGAGAGAGGAUGUGGAUGUGGUUUGUUGUGAAUCUUCAGUGUAUGUGACUGAUGGAUGUCUGGAUUCAGUGUGGAUGAGCAGAGAUCAGAGCCGCACACCACAGCCACUGCUGGACUCUAAACUCUCUGAAGAGAAAUCCAGACACACACAGGACUCAGAGCUCAGUCUCACUUUACUCUGUUAUACUGAGUCAAAGCCCACAGACGCUCAGGACACUGUGUGUGACAGUAAUCAGGGCUUACAGGAUGAGGAAUCUACUGAUCAAACCUCCACAGAGUCUCUGGAUUCUGUCUGUAACGCUGGAGAACAGCAGCAGAUCCUGCAGACCAAACUAAUCGACUGCACGAACCUGAUGAUGAUUAAAACAGAACCCACAGAAGAGGAAGAUCACACUGAUGAAGAUGAUGAUAUUAUUAUGUCAGAUGUGAAGAUUGAAUCUUGUUCUGAGGGAGAAACGUCCUUAACAUCAGAAGAUCGACUGACAGCACAAACUCUUUCCUGCAUCACCUGUGGAAAGACAUUCAGCUCACAGAGACAUUUAGAGAAACAUGAGAGAAAACACACAGAACAGAAACUCAGCUUUACUACCUUACAAGAGAAGAAACUUCAUCAUUCAAAAGAGCACGAAGAGAAGUUGUUGUUUCACUGUGAGCAGUGUGGGAUGAAUUUUGUCUUCUUAUCUCAGCUGGAAGCUCACAUGAGGACACACAGUGGUGAAAAGCCUUUCUGCUGCACUGAAUGUGGCAAAUAUCUCCACAGCAAAGGAAGUCUUGUUAUUCACCAGAGAAUUCACACAGGAGAAAAACCAUACGAGUGUCCUCACUGUGAGAUGAUAUUCAGAGAAAAAAGCACUCUGAAGAAACAUGUGUUCAUACACACCAAUGAGAGACCGUAUCAGUGCAGUGAAUGUGACAAAGCCUUUAGGGAUUCAGGUACAUUAAACAGACACCAGAAUAUUCACUUUAAAGAGAAACUUUAUCAAUGUUCACACUGUGAUAAACGUUUCUGUCAGAAAUCUAAUCUUAUAUGCCAUGAGAUAAUUCACACUGGAGAGAAACCUUACAAAUGCUCUCAGUGUGAAAAGACGUUUACUCGGUUAAGUAACUUAAAAGCCCAUCAGAGAGUUCACACCGGAGAGAAACCUUAUAACUGUAGUGUUUGUGGGAAGAGUUUUAAUCAACAUAACAUUUUAGUGAAGCACCAGAGAACUCAUACAGGUGAAAAACCUUACAAAUGCUCGCAGUGUGAGAAGACGUUUACUCAGUCAAGUAACUUAAAAGCCCAUCAGAGAAUUCACACCGGACGGACAGAAACCUUACUGAAUUACAGUUAAGACCCGUUGAUCAGUGAUGAUAAAUGAAGUCAGAGAUUAAAUUAAUAGAAGAAAUUUUACUGAAGAGAAUUGUUCGCAGUUCACUCAGCAGAAGUCAUCUGCAACACUCAGCAAGGCCACAGGUCAGACCAUCUUUAGUUCAACCAUCCUCAGGUUAUUGAUGUGGCAGUAACUAAUUGUUUUACUUGUGAUGUUAACACUGAGAAACAAACUUUUUUCUUAAUUUACUGAAAAUACUUCAAUAUCUGGGAUGAUAAAUAUUGAUUAGUAUCUGAUUAAUAAGUAUUCAAAAUCAUUUAUAAGGAUAUGAUGAAGAGGAGGCAGAUAUCAGGAAUCCAAUCCUUCAUAACACUGGCUGCAUUAGGGUUGUGCAAGAUAUAUCAUUUGCGAUAAUAUCAUUGUAGGAGCCAUAGUUACUAGCUUUUUUAACUUUUGUUCAUGGCUGAAAGUGGCUUUGAGUUGUUUGUUUGUUUUAUGCUAUAAUGCAUCUUUAAUUUUGAUACAGUAAACUUCAGUUAUCAUUAAGAAACAUCAACAAUGUGUGCCCGACUUCAUGCUGAGCAUACUGUAUGAUAUUGAAGUAACAUGACAUGGAUUCUCUGUGUUUUGGCAUUACUUUGAUGUAACAUGCAUUCUUUUGGUUGGCGAAGUUUUCUUUUGCCAGUUACAUAAACAGUCACAUAUUCUUCAUAAAAAUCUGACUUAGACGCGCAUCAUUUGUUUUUAAUUUUUUUUCUGUGUACUUACAGUAUGAGACGUGAUGUAUGAUAAAUGUCUUAUAAACAAAAUAAUUCGCGAAGACCUUUAAAGAGACUGAUAUAAUUUCAUAAUAUCAUUAACUAGUUUAUCUGAAAGGAAUUUAGUUCCCUUUUGCAUCUGAACGUUUUUAAUAGCUUAAACAUGCUGUGAUGUGCUUUUCUGCAUUACUGUAAAAGAACUUUUAUAUUAUCAUGUUCACUUUUACAUGGUAUGAAACACGAUAUAAAGUGUGCGAUGGUGUUAAAUACAUUUCACUGAAAAUUUGUAUAAUUUGUUAUACUUUUGUAGUAAGGAAAUAAAAUCAUAUUGUGAGUGUAAAUAUUCAUAAAUUCAA